UUACCCAUUCUAUGCUUUGGUAGAAGGUUUCUUGCAUGACAAAAAGGACCCCACAGGCUGGUCUUCUUCCCUAGUUUCUGUUGUUUUUAUUCAGUUUUAAGGUUUCAGAUCUGAGAAGCCAAUCCAUGGGCUUAAGUCUUGGGGUUUAUGAGUUAAAAGCACCAUAAGUGCUUCUGGGUUUGUUGUACUUUUCUGUAUUUUGAAUAAAAAAACAGGUAGAGAUCAGAGAAAGGAGAUAUGGGGUUGGUGGGUGUCCAAGAAAAUGGGAAUGGUGAGAUGGGUUUGUCUGGUGUUCCUUUGGGAAGUAAGAACAAGUACAGGAGGAUGGAUUCUGAGCUGACAGAGGAGGAUGAUGCUUCACAAUCACACCAUCAUCAUGUGUCUAAUAGCACCAAGAAAUAUGUCUUUGCUUGUGCCGUUUUUGCAUCUCUCAACUCAGUUCUUCUUGGAUAUGAUGUAGGUGUUAUGAGUGGAGCAAUCAUAUUCAUUCAGGAAGAUCUGAAGAUAACAGAGGUGCAAGAAGAAGUGCUUGUUGGGUCUUUGAGCAUCGUUUCACUUCUGGGUAGUUUAGCUGGUGGAAGAACAUCAGAUGUUAUUGGUAGAAAAUGGACAAUGGGCUUAGCUGCUGUUGUCUUUCAAACAGGUGCAGCUAUAAUGACUUUUGCUCCAUCCUUUCAAAUACUUAUGGUGGGAAGACUCCUGGCUGGGGUUGGAAUUGGCUUUGGAGUCAUGAUUGCCCCUGUCUACAUUGCUGAGAUAUCACCUACUGUUGCUAGAGGCGCCCUUACCUCCUUCCCGGAAAUUUUCAUAAAUUUGGGGAUUCUUCUUGGUUAUAUAUCUAACUAUGCAUUUUCAAGUUUUCCAGUACAUACAAACUGGAGGAUAAUGCUUGCUGUGGGAAUUCUGCCCUCAGUCUUUAUUGGAUUUGCACUUUUCAUCAUUCCCGAGUCACCAAGGUGGCUGGUCAUGAAGAAUCGAGUUGAAGAAGCAAGAUCAGUGCUGUUGAAAACAAAUGAGAAUGAGAGUGAGGUGGAGGAGAGACUUGCAGAAAUACAACUAGCUGCAGGAACUGGUGAUGCAGAAAAUCAUGAAGAGAAAGCUGUGUGGCGUGAACUGUUGAAACCGUCGCCUUCACUUCGUCGCAUGCUAGUCACUGGUUUUGGAAUCCAGUGUUUCCAACAGAUUACAGGAAUUGAUGCUACUGUCUAUUACAGUCCUGAAAUUUUCAAAGGAGCUGGAAUUGAGGGUAAUUCAAACCUUCUUGCUGCAACUGUUGCUGUGGGAAUUACAAAGACUGUUUUUAUAUUGGUUGCUAUUUUUCUGAUAGACAAACUGGGGAGAAAGCCCCUCCUGUAUAUCAGCACAAUUGGAAUGACUGUUUGUUUGUUCAGUUUGGGGUUCGCUUUAACUUUCUUGGGCUCAGGAAAUGUAGGGAUCGCAUUGGCGGUAUUGUCUGUUUGUGGAAAUGUAGCUUUCUUCUCUGUGGGAAUGGGCCCUAUUUGCUGGGUUCUGACAUCUGAAAUCUUCCCUUUAAGGCUGCGUGCUCAAGCGGCAGCACUUGGGGCAGUGGGAAAUAGGGUGUGCAGUGGUCUGGUUGCCAUGUCUUUCCUUUCUGUCUCAGAUGCAAUCACAGUUGGUGGAACAUUCUUCAUAUUUUCUGUAGUUUCAGCUCUUUCUGUUGCCUUUGUUUACAUGUUUGUCCCAGAAACCAAAGGAAAAUCCCUAGAGCAAAUUGGGUUACUAUUUCAGAAUGAACAUGAAUGGCAAAGAGGUGAAGUGGAGCUUGGGGAUGUUGAACAUCUAGUGCAGAAAGAAUGAUUGGUCAGGAAGUUUCAUUUUAUGAGCUAAAAUCUCCCAGAAUUAUCUGAACAAGGAUGGGUUCCAUUCCAUGUUUCUGAGCGUUUUACAUCUCUGAUGGAAUCAUUACAGAGUUUUGGCAUGCAGCAUGUGGAAAGAGAAUUCUUGCUGGAACACAUAGGUAUCAGCCUAUGGAAGAAAUUCCAUUUCUGUAAGUCUGUAAUGAGAAAAUGUAAUCUUAUUUGAAUAAGUCUGGCUGUUCCAGUCACUGGCAUAUCUUAGUUUUGUUCCGAAUACAUGUCAUAUACAUCUAUUCUUAUUGAGUUGAUUGACUUCAAAAUCCGGUGAAAUAAUUGAGUUUGUAUCGGAUUUGUAACAUCUUUUGCAAUACCUAUUUUUUGAAGUUCUACCA